GGGGGCCGGACGGCACAAACCCCCUCGGUCACCGGAUCAGCGGCAGCUGCUCGGCCCCCCGGUGCUAUUUUCACCCUCUGGAUAAAGUGAUGUCCAACCGCCGCCCGCCCGCACGGCCCCAGCAGCUCCAGUCAGACCACAGCAGAGCCAGGAUGAAGUCCACAGGCAGGGAGCGCACCGAGCAGCCCGACGGCUUCGCCUCCGACCUGGACGACCUGGACAGCCGCAGCGGCAGCGACAGCUCCGACGGGAAGUCCACCGGCGGCUGCAGCCCCCGCAUGGAGACGGAUGAGACAGGGGAGGAGGCGGCGGCCGGAGGCGGUUCCCGGGCCGGUGCACCGAGACGCAGGAGAAGGCGGAGACGCCGCAGCGGCGCAGCUGGAAGAGCCGGUGGAGACGCGCGUCUGCCCGGCUUGAGCCAACAGAGGCAGGCGGCCAACGCGCGGGAGCGGGACAGGACGCACAGCGUGAACACGGCCUUCACGGCGCUCCGCACGCUCAUUCCCACCGAGCCCGCCGACAGGAAGCUCUCCAAGAUCGAGACGCUGCGCCUGGCCUCCAGCUACAUCUCCCACCUGGCCAACGUGCUGCUGCUGGGGGAGGACUGCCGCGACGGGCAGCCCUGCCUCCGCUACCAAAGCAUCCUGCACGGCCCCGCUGCGCUCAGCGCGGCCUCCCUGCGGCCCAUCUGCACUUUCUGCCUCAGUAACCAGAGGAAACUGGUGAGUGGCCGUUUGCACCUGUGGCACAAAAAGCAGCGGGAGCAGAUGAUGCCACCUGUGCAGCUCAGAGACGGAGGGAAGCACUCAGCCGCCGUGUGAAGCCGCAGGAUGACGAGCCCACCUGGACGUUGUUUACUCCUGUAGCACUUUGUGCGUACGUUCAGCAAGAUGAACACUGAAAAGCACUUUCUGUUCACGUCUGUGUGCUCCUGAACCUCCGUGUUUUGGUCGAGCUGUAACCUGAGCCGAUGUGUAAAGUUGCACCUGACGGGGGGCUAUUUUGGUCCCACGGAUCGUACAAACCGAACCCCCACCAGCCCACGUCCAACUCCUAAAAAAAAGCCUUGCCGCCGUCAGUCACAUGAAGCAAACUGAGGAGCGGCGACAGCAGCGGUUGCUGUCAGUUGAGUGGAGCUGACGCUGCCUUCAAGUGCUGUCAGAAAUCCUGCAGAGACACUUUAAAGGGGCAUUAACUGAUCUCUCACCUCUGCUCUAGUGGUCAGCAGUGGGAACCGCAACAACACGGACAGAACCGAUCAACACACCACACAUUUUUUCUUUUUGUGACACGACGACAAGUUUGUGCUUUUGUCAUGUUAGUCCACCGGCUGAUUUUCUGACGAGUGGCUCAAAUGGGCCGAAAAGUUCAACCAUUUUUCAACUUGAGCAAAAGGUUUGCACACACGCCGAGGAUUUACGGCGAAAAUUAUGCCCUCAAAUUAUCAGUUAAAGCUUCAAUAUAUCACAAGCAAGCGGAGGAUAUAUUUUGGGGGACUGUUCCUUUACCCGCCGUGAUAAAAUCAGGGAGGUUCACUUUAUUAACCCUGACACCUGUCUCCUGUGAGUACACGAAAACCUGCAAAGGGUGAACUUUCUACACCAGCCAACACCUGGAAAACCCGCUGACAGGUGGUUAGCAAAAGUUAUUUAAAUGAAGUUAAAUUAUGGUUUUAAAAAUCACCUGUGAAGGAACUUAACCGCACGUGAAAACGGGUUGGGGUUCAGCUUUAAUCGAACUGCACAACCGUUUGCCUGAAUUCGAGAUGAAACGUGAGGACAAACAGAUCGGCAGUGUGGCGAAAUGUUUACUUUUGCACUGUUGCACAAUGUCUGUUAUCACAGCAGGACGUCACGGCGAGCUCGGGUACGUGGGCCGAGCUCAGGUACGUGGGCCGAGCUCGGGGACGUGGGCCGAGCUCAGGUACGUGGACCGAGCUCGGGGACGUGGGCCGCCCUGCCUCCCACAGCGCAUUUGUUUGCCUUUGGUGCCAAUUUGGAGGAUUUCGAAACGCGUUUCACGAUCAGUCGAAUCCCUUCACUACCGAUCAAGCAGCACACGCGGGGGGGAAAUGUUGCACGCUACCUCAAACCUUAUGAAGGCCUACCUCUAAAUCUAAUGUGUAACACGACUGUGUAAAAAUGUACUUGAAUACCUGACAACUGUGUCCUUUGCACAUCGCUGAAACCGAGAAGCUGCUUGAAGAGAGAUAAAAAGUAUUUUUGUACAAUAAAAAGGUCAAACUGUCCUCUCUUGGUGCUCUUUGUUCAAACACAAGUCUUCCUCUCCCUUCAG